CCGAUGCCUAUCUGCAACUUGUUGCAAAUAUAUAAACUCACUCAGAUCUUAGAUUCAGGCAUUUUUUUUUGCUUCCAAUAAGGAAAUACAAAUUCCGAUCUGGACCGCAGAGAAAAUACGAAUACUUUGUUACCCAACCUUAGGAAAUAGUUACAAUACUUACAAAAAUUCGCGAACCAACCUGCUGGUUUGGUUUAGAGCUUCACCACUUGCAUCUCGAGUAGAUUUUUCCACGUUAUACGUCCAUAAAUAAUCGUAUCGCUCGGAUUCAUCUCGUGUUCAUGUUUCAUCCGCUGCGUUCGUUUCGUUUAUUUGCCGGUUGCGAUACUCGCGCGCUGCUUCUUUGUGGUCGUUUUGUGUUCCUGCGGUGGUUCUAUGUUUGUUUCGUCGCCGCAUGAGUUGCAUCGCUUGUCGGACCGCGGUUAUCGAGCCGCGCGCGGCCAGCAACAUAGCAAAAAAGAAGUCGCAAGCAACAAGCAAUAAAAUCGUUUUAAAACGAUCAUUUUGCGGGUGUUUAUUCGGUUUGCACCUUUCCAUGCAUACACUGGCUGUAAUCGAAUUUGGAUUUGCCUAUGAUUCUGACUGUACACGUGACUGUAAACUCAAGUUAAUCAAAUUAUCCGCUUUGACAUGUUUUAUAAAUAUCACAAAAUCAUUUCCAUGUUCAUUUCAGUUUUCUAUCGAUUCUAGUGUAUUCAGAAACCCUUUUGUAAGCCAACUAGUUAUUAGUUUGAGUCUUGGUUGAGAUUUUGAGCUUCUCGUGCAUGCACGAGCUCAGGUGUUUUCAGGGUAAAGUGUUAAUAAGACCAAUUGCAUUUAAACCAUCAACGGCGUCAUCGUUGAAUUCAGGAUCACGGUUUGGUCUGACUGGUGAACGAUACGGUUCGACUCCAAUUUUGACUCGACCUGGCUCCAGACUCACCCUUUAUGGCAGUAGUAGCGACGUACGACAGUCUUCUAUUAAUCCAGGCAUCAAUAACUAUUCUUUGGAUAGAAAACUUCGUUCGUCAUGUCAAUCGAUGAAUGCUUCCCCGUCAUUGGCAAUGAGUUCCUUAUCUUCACUACCACACAAACUGAUCACAAACUAUGACAGUUUGGAAAGCGUACGAAAAUCACCAUUAUCCACCGUUGAUGGUUCCAUAUUGAAUAAGACCUACAAUAGACUGACCAGUGUAGGCACCGGAAGUCUUCUUGACUUAACGCCGUCUCCAUCGGAUUCAGGUGUUUCUGAAUUGGAGGCGGCGUUAAGAGAUAGAGACUCUGAGCUGGCUUACCUACGCCAAACCAUGGAACACAACGAACAGGUUAUCUUUCGGGUUUAUCAAGAGAAAGAACGCACUUGGGAGCGAGAACUUCGUCGAUUUAAGGGACUGCACGAGCAGAAUAUUCGCACUAGUUCCCAGCGUGUAUUUAAACUGGAGCAGAUGCUUAUGAUGCAGAAUUAUCAGCAUCAACAAGAGAAGAAACGUCUUUGUGCGGAAGCACAGAGAGCUGGUGCGCAAACUGACAGAUUGUCACAAGAGGUGAAAAUUUUGAAAGAUAGACUUGAAGAGACCGAAUGGAAUUUAUGCCAGAAAACUGGGGAGAUUUCAUUACUCAAAUCACAAUUAAAAGAUAUUCAGAAUGAACAUAACUCCAGAGGACAAGAAGCAAUUCAAGCACGGAAUGAAUGUCGCCAAGCCCAAGAAGAUCUUACAGCUGCAAAACAACAUAUAGCAAGUCUGGAAGCAGCGAUGAUUCAGAAAGACCUUGAUUUAGAAGUCCUACGCGCACAGCUUGCUGGUGAGGAACCCGAGAGACUGCGAAAAGAAAUUGAUGAAUUACGCGAGGAACUUUCUGAAGUAUCAAUGAGUGAGUACGAAGGUCUGGAAGCCGGACGAGCACCGCGUACUCAACGCCUUCAAGCUCUCGAUGAAUUGCGACGUGAACUUGAUCAGCGACAGGGUGACUUCGAAAAGGAACGCGUAGUCUGGGCGCAAGAAAAAGAAAAGGUAUUGAGAUACCAGCGGCAAUUACAGAUGAACUACGUUCAGAUGUACCGACGCACGAGGUCGCUGGAAGCGGAAGUCGAAAGCCUCUCCAUUGAGCUUGAACUGGAUAAGUCUGGUAUGAAAACUUUACGCACCAACAACGAAUUGAACCAGACUAUCGAACUCUGAAUUGUUAGCGAAUAAGUCCGCGACUGUUUCUUAUGUAGAUGACACUCUACUGUGAUGAGUUAAUAGUUGCGAUGCUACUACAAUUCACGUGGUGUAGAUAUAUAUCGGAUAUGAAUAUGUGUGAUUUAUUUAUUUUUCUAAACUAUUUAGAUACCAAGCAGUAGUAGGAGUAGAUUUAGAUUAUUGAACUAUGUUUUUGAUGUACCCAGAAGAACGAAUCGUACCAUACAAUUUACCAAUACGUUUUGCAAACAUAAUACCCAGGUAGUUUAAAAAAUUUACGCAAAUUUGAAAGAUUAUACAUGAAAAGAGACACGUACUUUAUAAUUUUAACGAUAAUUAAGUAUUUUUUUGUUCCAAACUGUAAAUAAACAAGUUUUUUUU